AUGUUGAUUCCUCCUCUUGCCCGCGCCGCGCACCGGCCGGGCCUCCGCGCUACCAGCUUGAGCUUGCGCUUGCGCCUUUCACCAUUCUAUGCCCAGCGCGUCUUCACCAGUUCUCCCCUGCACAGAAAGGAUGUCCACGGUCAGCGGCCGCCGCCUGGCUCCAAGACGGCCAUUGCAGACACCAAAGCCGCCAAACCUGCCAACGACCCCGCCACGGCAAAGGCCGCAAAGACGGACCCGCUGCUGCAGGAGCAAACAUUGAGCAGCAAGGAGCAGCGCAAGGCUGACUGGGCGAUUAUGAAAGAGAUGUCGCAGUACCUGUGGCCCAAGGACAACAUGGGCACCAGACUCAGGGUCGGCUUGAGCGUGGGCUUGCUCAUAGGCGCGAAGCUGCUCAACGUCCAGGUGCCCUUCUACUUCAAGAGCAUUGUAGACUCGAUGAACAUAGACUUUGUGGCGGUUGGUGGAACCGCGUGGACAGUGGCAGGUUCCAUGGUCAUGGCGUAUGGCCUCACCCGCAUGGGCGCAACCAUAUCCCAAGAACUCCGCAACGCCGUCUUCGCCAGCGUCGCGCAGAAGGCUAUACGGAGGGUGGCCUGCAGUGUCUACGAGCACUUGCUCCAGGCUGGACCUGAGCUUCCACCUCACCAGGCAAACCGCUUUCUGCUGACCUCGAUGGUCUUCCACAUCCUGCCCACGGCACUCGAGAUCUCGCUGGUCUGUGGUAUUCUGCACCAGACCUACCAAUACGGCUGGCAGUUUGCCAUGAUCACCGGCACAACCAUGGCAGCAUACUCAGCCUUCACUAUCCUCACCACCUCGUGGCGCACAAAGUUCAGGAAGCAGGCCAAUGCUGCCGACAACAAGGCAGCCACUGUCGCUGUCGACUCCAUGAUCAACUAUGAGGCUGUCAAGUACUUCAACAACGAAAAGUACGAGGUAGGUCGCUACAACGAUUCCCUGCUGGCAUAUGAGAAGGCUUCCAUCAAGGUCGCAACCUCCCUCGCUUUCCUAAACUCCGGCCAGAACAUCAUCUUCUCGUCUGCCUUGACGGCCAUGAUGUACCUGGCUUGCAGUGGUGUCGCGACCGGCCAGCUGACUGUCGGCGACUUGGUCAUGGUGAACCAGUUAGUCUUCCAACUUUCCGUGCCUCUGAACUUCCUCGGAUCCAUGUACCGCGAACUCCGCCAAAGUCUACUCGAUAUGGAAACAUUGUUCAACCUUCAAAAGGUCAAUGUACAGGUUGUCGACAAGCCCAAUGCUCCGCCCCUACUUCUCAGCAAAGGCGAGAUCAAGCUCGGCUACCGUCCCGACCGCCCCAUCAUCAAGAACCUAAACCUUACCAUCCCGGCUGGCAAGAAGGUCGCCAUCGUUGGACCCAGCGGUUGCGGAAAGUCAACCAUCUUGCGCUUAUUGUUCAGGUACUACGACGCACAGGAGGGUCGCAUUCUCAUCGACGGCCAGGACAUCCGUGACGUCUCCCUGGACAGCUUGCGUCGCGCGAUCGGCGUCGUCCCACAAGACACACCUCUCUUCAAUAACACCAUCGAGCACAACAUCCAUUAUGGAAAUCUGGACGCAUCUUCAGAGCAAGUGUAUGAAGCUGCGCGACGGGCUUCUAUACACGAGAGCAUCAGCCAGUUUCCCGAUGGUUACAAGACCAUGGUCGGCGAGCGCGGCAUGAUGAUUUCGGGAGGAGAGAAACAGCGUCUCGCGGUUGCAAGGUUGAUCCUCAAGGACCCACCGUUGUUGUUCUUUGAUGAAGCAACGUCCGCCCUAGACACCCAUACCGAGCAAGCACUCCUCUCACACAUCAACUCCCUAGUCAAGGAAAAGAAGCGCACCUCGGUCUUUGUUGCACACCGACUACGCACAAUCUACGACUCUGAUGUCAUCAUUGUACUGAGAGAAGGCAAUGUGGCUGAAUCAGGCACGCACGAGAAGCUGAUUGAUCGUGGAGGCUUGUACAGCGAGCUUUGGAGCGCGCAGGAAACACUCUUUGUUGAUGAUGUAAAGGAGGUGGAAGUUGAGCAGAAGAAAUGA